GCCAUCCGCGAGCUGGCCGGCUUCCCGGACGGCGUCGACGUGGUCAUCGACGCCAGCGGCGCCGAGCCGUCCAUCCAGGCGGCCAUCCACACCGUCCGCAUGGGCGGCACGUACGUGCAGGGCGGCAUGGGCAAGCCCGACAUCACCUUCCCCAUCAUGGCCAUGUGCCUCAAGGAGGUGACGGUCAAGGGCUCGUUCCGCUACGGGCCCGGCGACUACAAGCUGGCCGUCGAGCUGGUGGCCGCGGGCAAGGUGGACGUCAAGAAGCUCGUCACCAGCGUGGUGAGCUUCGACCAGGCCGAGGAGGCCUUUAAGAAGGUCAAGGAAGGCGAGGCCAUCAAGGUGCUCAUCGCCGGCCCCAACGAGAAGAUCUAG